UGGGGGCGUGGCUAAGAUUGGGACACAGACGUGAAUAUCAGACAUAAAGUUUCAGUUUCGUUUCUUCACUCGAGCUCUGAGACUUCAGUUUUGUUUCUAAUCUCUCCUGGUGCUGGACGUCCUCUGAGAAGAGUUGAUAACAUAAGUGUUCAUCAUGCAUACUACUGCACUCAACUUUCAACGACUCAAAGAAGAAAAGAAGCCAUCACAGACCACAUUCCUACCUGUUUUUGGAGAAUCUACAACAAGUAAGAAGGAUAACGAGCAGAACACAGGAUUAUUCACGAUCGGAAAACCAUCAGAUGGUAAGCCCGGGGAAAAAAAUAAAGACAACACUUCCAAAUCCACAAACAAUAACAGGGUCGUGACCAGAGAGUUUGCGGCCAACUUUACUCUACUCGAGACUCCAUGGAGAUCAGUGAACUGGACCUCGGAAUCCAGGGAGGAACUGAUGGAGAAGGUUCAGUCAUACAAACCGGCCAGCGAGGCUGUGUCCGAGGCCAGAGUCCUGCUUCUGGGUCCCAUUGGUGCGGGAAAGUCCAGUUUCAUUAGUUCUGUGCAGUCAGUCUUUUCUGGACGCGUCAUUAACCGGGCCAUGGUGGGCUCAUCUGCUUCCACAAGCUUCACAAAAAAGCUCCAGUCGUUCCCCAUCAGACGGAGUGGAGAGAGGUCAGACCCCACGGCUCUGGUCCUGUGUGAUAUUAUGGGGAUUGGAGAAGGAGACUCGACAGGACUGAGCCUUUAUGAUGCUCUGUGUGUUAUUAAAGGACAUGUGCUGGAGGGACAUCAGUUUGUUGCAGAACAGCCAGUCACAUUUGACACCAUGAGCAUUAUAAAGAAACCAAGCCUCAAAGACAAGAUUCACUGCGUGGUGUUUGUGGUGGAUGCGUCAAAGAUCAACAGCUAUGCCAAAGGACUGAGCACCACGUUCCAGCAGCUCCGCCAAAACAUCAGCAGCCUGGGUGUGCACCAGGUGGCGCUGCUGACUCACGUGGAUGAAGCGUGCAUAGACACAUCUCGAGAUGUCAGCCAGGUGUACAAGAGCCGCAGCAUUCAGCAGCUGAUGGUGAAGGCUGGAAAACUUCUUGGAAUGGCCACAUCCUACAUUGUACCUGUGAAAAACUACUCCUUCCAGCUGGAGCUCGAUGACAACACGGAUAUCUUACUGCUCAAUGCUGUCGAUCACAUCCUGCAGUACACUGAUCUGUACUUCAAGGACACCGCUGUGGAUUAUAAAGUUGCCAACUAGAAAUGCAGAAUUCAGUGCAUUAAUAUGCCACUUAUUUCUUAUUUUCAUGUAUGUUUUUUUUAGCUAAUGUUACAGUUUGAGUCUGUUCUGUGCAAUGAAUUUUGUGUAUUUCAAUUUGAAAUCAAAUACCACCCAAAAACACUUGUGAGUAGGUGAACUGGAGAUGCUAAAUUGCCCAUAGGUGUGAAUGAGUGUGUGAAUGUGUGUGUGUACUGGACGUCCCGACCACAGUGUAUUCCUCUCUCACACCCAGUGUUCCCAAGAUAAGCUCCAGCUCCACAGCCAAAAAAUGACAAAAAUCUGGAGCUUGAGAUAGAUAGAUAGAUAAAUUUCUAUUUUAUCCAAAUUUGUCCAAAAUUAUGUUGAAAUGCUUUUAUUUAGAUUACUUUCUAACCUUGUCAUGGUGAUGAUGAAUGAAGAUUUUCUUUGUAAUCAGAUUCUGAGUUGGUUUUUAGUUUAAACUGAAAAAGUGGUGCACCAAGCAAGAAAUUAACAUCAGAAUCAUUAAACACAUCAGCAAUAUUUCAAUACAAA